CACCGCUGUUCGCCUUUCAGCUGUUGAUACGAAUAAGUCGGUCAGGAAUUUGCAGUCAUGGCAUUUAAAGACACUGGCAAGGCUCCCGUUGAAGCCGAGGUGGCCAUUCACCGUAUCAGGAUCACUCUGACCAGCCGUAACGUCAAGUCUCUGGAAAAGGUGUGUGCUGAUUUGAUCCGAGGUGCCAAGGAGAAGAGUCUUAAGGUGAAGGGGCCUGUGCGUAUGCCUACCAAGACCCUCCGCAUCACUACUCGCAAGACUCCUUGUGGUGAAGGUUCCAAGACCUGGGACAGAUUCCAGAUGAGGAUCCACAAGCGCCUCAUCGAUCUGCACAGUCCAUCUGAGAUCGUCAAGCAGAUCACCAGCAUCAGCAUUGAGCCUGGUGUUGAGGUGGAGGUCACAAUUGCAGAUGCUUAAUUGCUGUCUGCACAAUUAAUCAGCUUUGUAUUUCACAUCUGAUUAAUAAAAUUGGAAGUUUUGGA